CACCACUGUUUACGGUUAUACCUGCUAUCGACAGAUACCAAAAAUUUGUUAGGAAUUUGUUGACAGAAUAUUGAAUGAGGAGAAAUGAAUUUAGAAUUAUUAGAAUCCUUUGGGCAGAAUUAUCCCGAAGAAUUUGAUGGAACUUUGGAUUGCAUAUCUUUUGCAGUGACCUGUGCAUUUAAUAAAAGAGGAACGCUGCUCGCCGUAGGCUGCAAUGAUGGAAGGAUAGUAAUUUGGGAUUUUCUAACUCGCGGCAUAGCAAAGAUAAUCAGUGCUCAUGUGCAUCCCGUUUGUUCUAUAAGCUGGUCAAGAAACGGACAUAAACUUCUCAGUGCUUCUACAGACAACAAUGUUUGCAUCUGGGAUGUUCUCUCAGGAGAAUGCGACCAGAAAUAUAGAUUUCCAUCACCUAUAUUAAAGGUUCAAUUUCACCCAAGAAAUGCUAACAAAUUUCUGGUUUGUCCCAUGAGACAUGCUGCUGUUUUGGUAAAAAUCGAAGGCACACACAGGGUCAUACCUCUCGAUGAAGAUAGUGACUUGAAUAUAGUGGCAUCAUUUAACAGGCGAGGCGAUUACAUAUUUACGGGUAAUACUAGAGGAAGAAUUCUAGUUCUAAAUUCAGAAAGUCUGGCUGUCAAAGCCUCUUACAAAAUAUCUCAAGGCACAGCCAGUAAUACGGCUGUAAAAAGUAUCGAGUUUGCCAGACGAGGAGACUGUUAUCUCGUCAACACUUCCGACAGAGUUAUAAGAGUUUACGAUAGUACGGAAGUUCUGGCCUGUGGAAAGGAUGGGGAGCCGGAACCUAUCCAAAAACUCCAAGAUUUGGUCAACAAAACUAUGUGGAAGAAGUGCUGCUUUUCAGGAGACGGUGAAUAUGUUUGUGCCGGUUCUGCAAGGCAGCAUGCUCUCUAUAUUUGGGAAAAAAGUAUUGGAAAUUUGGUAAAAAUAUUACACGGAACCAAAGGAGAGCUUCUACUUGAUGUUGUGUGGCAUCCGGUGAGACCAAUAAUUGCUUCAAUAUCAUCCGGAGUGGUUUCGAUCUGGGCUCAAAAUCAGGUUGAAAAUUGGUCAGCAUUUGCUCCUGAUUUCAAAGAGCUAGAUGAAAAUGUUGAAUACGAAGAAAGAGAAAGCGAGUUCGAUUUGAGCGACGAAGAUAAGUCCGUGGUCCAAGGGGAAGAGGCGCAAGAUGAAGAAAUUGAAGUUGACGUAGCUGCAAUUGACAGGGUGGCUGCCUUCUGUAGUUCUGACGAAGAAACUGAAAACAUUGGGUCGCUUCAAUUUUUGCCAAUUUCACCCGAUGUUGAAGAAUCAGAAGACACACAAUCAGCACCUCAAGAACCUCCAGUGAAAAAACAUCGCUCCCAUGAUAUCAAUCUACAAGGAGCACCAACUGAUGAAACUCAUCCACUCUUAAACAAAGGAAAGGACAAACCUGCAGCAAAAAAAGGUAGACCUAGGCUUGAACAUCGAAAAGGAAAAUGAAUAUAUUUAUUAGCCAAAUUUAUGUAAAAUUUUCUAAAUAAAACGUCUCAUAAUUUUAACAUC